CUCCUGCGUCUGCUUUGCUGCCCGCCGUUGCCACCCGACCCCGUCCAAAUUCUGUCGAUUAGUCCCCGUCCCUGCCCACCACUGCCCACUGCCCCCACCCCCUCUCUGUGCGACACUCUCACCCAAGUGUCUGUCUCUCCAGUUGUGCGGUUGCGUUUGUACAAGCAAAUUCCCUUUUUUUUCUUAAUUCUUUUUUGCAGCAAACAUCAAAUCGCACAACAGCCACAACCGCAAACAUGGUCGUCGGUUUACUCAGCAUCCCGCGGGAAAUUCGCGAUUUGAUCCUCGACGAAAUCAUCUUCCUUCCUGACCGCCAACCACCGCCCAGUCCCUCCGUCAGCCAGGACCGCAAGAGGCGCGAGUACAAGGGCAAAGGUUUUUUCGAUGGCCACGACAUUUGGGUUGAGAAGAAGGUUCGCUCCCCGCCCUCCGGCUCCCCCAACACCAACAUCUUCCUCGUCAAUCGACAGAUAUACGCCGAAGCCAAGGCGCUGCUUGCGACAAGGGGGACGCAUUGCCGUCUCGAUGUAAUGUAUGUCAAGGAAUGUGGCUUGUGGCCGACUUGGCUCGCGGUGCCAAGAGCGACCCGCCAUGCCGACAGCCUCCGAGUCCAAUUUCGAAUUUUCGACCCCCCCUCCGAUGUCAACCCGGACUGGAAGAAUGAGGAACAGUUUCGAGGCGGUAGCGGCGGUCCGCCCUUCAUCGUCUGGAAUUUCUAUGCCAUGCUGUCCGGUUAUCUUCAGUAUGGCCCGACCGCCUUCAGUAGUAUCGUCGCCGACCCGGCCAAAUUCACCAUCAAGAACCUCGUGCUCGACGUACUGCCACCGCCGCCUGGCCAGAAGCACGAUCGGCUUGUCUCCGGCGGUGCACCGCGACCGCCCGCCCAUGACAUGUUUGAAAGGUUCACCACCAUGGUCAUGGACGCGGAAAAGCGAGAGAGCAGAGGGAUCACUUGGCCCCGUCCGCCACAAGGCAAGGAGCACCUCAUUCCAGCCGAGAAGCUGGCUUUCUUCAUGUGCUGCCAGAUUGGAGGUCUCCUGUCCAUGUAUCGUGAUUGGGCCGACUUCGGCGCCGCCCUGUACGAAGGCAUCGGAACCAUCCAGAUCCGCGUCAACGGCGAACUCAGACGCCACUUCGACCUAGACGAGAUGCUCGCCAGGUUACCCAUCCAGCCGAUUGCGGCGUGGAACGAGAAAGAACAGCAAAAGAGACAGAAGCGCUUCGACGACUGGAAAGCCCAAGCGAUAACAACGAGACAAGGUUGGAAGAAAUGAUGGGAAAAAAAAGACAACUUGGAAUGAUGACAUGAAAUGCCUUUUUCUUUUUUUCUUUUGCUUUGGCCGUACUGGCCACUAGAGGGGGGGACUCCCUCUUUUGCAUGGGGCAGCGAUACCACCGGAUAGAGGGCUUCCUUUUGGGAAAUGUCUUUUUGCUUUGGAGCAUGGUGCAU